AGUUGCUGUGGCAGUGAUAUUGAAGAAACAUGUUUCCUUAUUUUCUGCUAAAAUUAAGAAAUGAUUAAAAUACCUUGCUAUCGACUUCAAGAAGUGGUUAAGAAAAUAUGUGAUUUUUAAUUGUAAAAUCCUAUCCAUAUAAAGAGAAUAGGAGACAGACUUGAAAAUACAUCAGAAAUAUACGAAAAAAAAUGUUAGGUACCAGGAAAAAAAAAUGUUUUCUCUAAGUAUCCCUAAAUUUGUCAUGUAAAAAUAUCACUGAUAGUAAUGCAAAUGGCUUAUGCUAUUUCGUAUUUCCUCUUCAGUAUUCACCAAACCUGUUAGUUUCACGAUCCUCGAGGAAUAAAUAGUAUAAGGUUAGGUGGCACACAUAUUCAGAAUCAGCACUUGAUUUCUGAGAGAUGGGAACAUUUAAAAAAGAUUCCUUAGGGGGAAGUAGAACACAUAUCAUUAACUUUCUUAGCUACCAUGUUCUUUGUAGCUGACGUAUUUUCUUUUAAUUUACACCCAAAGAUUUAUUUGCACCAGUCUUUUUACCGCUAUCAUUUUCCUCAGUGAUGUUUGAGCCAUAAAAAGUUCUACGAAUUCUGCCACAAGGCUUUGUUUUUGGCUUAUAUACCUCUAACUGCUAAACCCACAAGGGCUACUCACGAUAGACUGGGUUAUCAUUUCAAGUGAACAGAUGUCUAGUUUUCGGAAAUCACGUCAUUUACCAGUUCAUACCACGUGCCAACUAUUCAGUUAUAAUAUCUGUCGUUGACGUUUUAUCUGGAAGAGUAUAUUUAGAACUACAACUGAGGAAUAAAAAGUUUGACUGGUAAUCAGUAGAUAUUUUAAGAUAUCGUUGACAAGAAAAAUUAAAAGAGUAGCGUCGGGAUCACUGAGAGAUUGUUUCACUUUCAAAUCAGUACCUUAGAUUUGAUCUUGAAAUGAUUUCCUCCAGGUUAACUCACAGAUAAAAUACCCACCUUUACGCUACAGACCCAGGAGAAAUAUUCAAAGUUUGAUUUAAUGAACCAUGGACGUAUUUCCUGAUGUGGCAAUGGAAGAUAUCGCGGAUUUGAACAGAACAGGGAAAGUGAAGCUGAAAAAAAGAACAAAAUCAUCUUGAGGAAAUGAAAACUCGCGCGUGAGGAAUACAGGGAUCUGAUUUACAUCCUAGACAACCAUAGAACACGUAACAGCCAUGACAGCUUCUUCUUACGUUUUCCUGGCCAUUACGGUAGCAGCGGUGUUGAUAUAUGGAUUACCAACGGCCUACAGCACAGGUCCAAAUUUCGUCGGACACGUAAAGAGUGUCAAAGCCAACGAAGGGGAGACGGUCAGCUUCACGUGUCAGAUAAAAAAUCUCUCAAAUUAUCGUCAGGUUGCAUGGUAUCGAUUACACCCAAAAAGACCUUUAAGUAUCGGUACCGACAUAUUAAGCGGUGACCAGAGACUGACCGUUAUACCGGAUGGCAGCAUGAAAUGGACCCUCCAGAUAGCGAAAGUGACCCGACAUGACCGUGGGAAAUAUCAGUGUGCGGUCAUCUUCAGUAAAAGAGUAAGCAGUCAAGUUGCGUCUUUGAAAGUCCGAGCGAAGCACCGAUGUUCUCCGCGGACGUACUUUGUGAGGUGGAAGAAAAUCAAGACACAACUUAAGAAUUUAAAAAGGAAAUUUGAUAUCGAAAAUAUCUUUCCCCUUUCAAGAACGGAAGUGAAGGGCAUUCAUGUCAAAUGGUGUCCCGCUUUAAAAACUUCUUGUUGGAAUCGAAGGGCUCAGUGCAGACCUUCAUCAUUUGAGAUGAAAAACGCCACCAUAAGAAUUGACGUUUUGAACACCACAAGAUUUCUUAAUUUUAGUUAUUUGGAAGCAACAGAGUGUGCUUGUCAAUUAGGACGAAAUCGUGAUGUAAUAUUUCCAGUAAUCGAUAAGGCAAAAAUCACAGAUCUGUUUUUCAAACCGCGUUUCUUUCCCGCCACAACUUUUAACAUGACGUGGGAAAGGGUCCAGAAGGAAGUGAGGAAGAAGUGGCAAGUUUCAGACCCGGAAGUCUUCAGCAUCCUGAGGAAAUCGAGAUUGGUGGAUGACGAUAGAAUUCCAGUAAAAGGAUGUCCGUUACAUUUUUGCAAUGAAUCUUCAAAUUCCAUGAUCCCGGCUGAUCAGUUGAAAAAGCGUAGUAGCUUACGCAUCAGGGUGGAAAAUGCCACCAAAAUUGCAAUACUUGAGUAUAUAGAACCGACCAAGUGUUACUGCGGUGGGGACCACCUGAAGAUUCGUUUAUUAGAAACCAUACAGCACGUGGAGAUUGCAGAAGAAUGUCCGCAGCUAGAAGGAGUUACUCAGACGUCCUAUGUAGGGUGUAACAACGUCGUGCCCUUCGUCGUUCCAUAUCCAUCUGAAGACAUUGCAUGGAUCACAGUCAGACGAAAAACGAGUCCCUGGAACCCUCUUCUGAUAAAGUCUCCAAUAAGAAAUGACCUAGCAGCUUAUGAAACAUCGGAUUCCUGGCACAAGAGUGUUGAAUAUGGCUUUUGUGACGGACUCGUCGAAGUUCGUCUCAGGAACGUGACUUAUGAUCUUGAAGAUACUUAUUACUGUAUUGUGGAAUUCAAGAAUUCGUCCUCUUGUUUCUCACACGUUAACUUACGAGUCACCGAGAAAAAUCCAGGAGGAGAGUGUUCAUUCAUUUGGAAUCCUCGGAAGACCGUUCUCACUUGGAAUACUUUUCGCCAGCGGCUGGCCAAUGUCACAGUUCUGGACAACCUGAUUCCAAAGGGAGCUGAGGUUGACGAAGCAUUUACCCUGCAGACCUGUCCUACAAACGUGAUCUCUUGCCAAGAAACUCAGAAAAUGAAAAGCUGCAUUUCGUCAAGAUUUCGGAGAAGAUUGAACACGGUUUGUGUUCGUGUUCCUAACGAAGACGAUAUCAUGAAGUUGGAAGUCGAAUAUGAAGAAGAUGACGAAUGUGAAUGUGGGAUACGAGAAUUUUCUCAGCGCACGACGAAUGACGUCAUCCUUGCAGGGACCAAGCUCAUCGAUAUUAAAAGAGCAAAACAUGUAGGGAAUUGCCCAGGACAAUGUAGACCGAAGCGCGUCAAGGUUAAAUGGCCAUACAUUAGGGACGUGAUAACGAAGGAGACGCCCUAUAGGAUACCGCCUUUCCUACCGGGCAAGAAUAUUUGGGUAAGGCAGUGCCCUGUGGAUUCGACCAUCUGCGAUGAAGCAGGAAAAAAAUGUCGCGCCACAGGCUACAAGGAGAAGACGAAGAAAAUACUGCUGACGGCUUACAAGAGACUUUUUAUCAUCGAUUACCUCCUGGCAAAGAAUUGCAAGUGUCGGCGGGAGGAUGCAGUUGAUCCUCACGAGUCACAACUUUUUAUCUUGAAAAACUUUACUAGUUUGCCUUUAAGAUAAUCGCUGUGAAUAUCCUACCAAUUAACUUAAUUUCAUCAACGCCAACAAUCUUAAUACUAUUACGCUCUAGCAGGAAGAAGGCGGGGCAUUAGAAAAAAGUAAGUUGUUACUUAAGAGUAUCUUGAAAAGUCGGCAAAAAUAAAGAGGCUUAUACAUA